GUGGAAAAAAAAGUAAAAAUAAAAAUGGCUGCUUACAUGCGAUAAAGAUGUGAAGAAAAUUGGAAAAAUGAAAUCGAAUUUACAUAAUACUGUGGUAUUACAGCUGACGAUGUCCCGCCAUGGCUCGACGGAGGAUUGACAUCAACACAGCUACCGCAGUGGAGUUUGAAAAACUUGUUGGUGUCGGUGCGUGCAAAGCAGAAGCCAUCAUUAAACAUCGAAAGGAAAUUGGGUCGUUCAGCAGUGUUGAUGACCUGAGUGACGUGCCGGGGGUCAGCAGGUGUUUAGUUCAUGUCAAUCGGAGACGCUUGUUAUGUCGACCUUUGCCCCACAAGGCCCGGCCUCCACCUCGUGGCACAGGGUUGCGUAGACUGACGCGUAGAACAUCAUCACAGCUGUCUACUUCCGAGGCUGGCAGCAACUCGAGUUCGACAACGACUACCCGACAACCUUUAACCAGGUCUCGCUUCCACGGCAUCGCUCUUAAAGAACAACCUGAUAUUAUUGACAGUGAGCAGCUGCCUGAUGAUGACGUGAAAAUACAGAAUGAAGUGGAGCAGCCCGAUGUGCCGAAAUAUAUGGAAAGAGCAGACAGCGGCGCUGCAGAAUUAACGCUCGACGAGUGUGACGAGAGCUGUGCAGCUAGUGAUGAUGAUGCCGACGAUGAUGAUGAUGAGGAGGAGGAGGAUGAUCAUGGGGUGGACAGUGAGUGUAGCUGCGACCUGCAGGACCCCGCGGCCAUCAGACUGAGACAGGCAGGUGGUCAGUGCAUGGGUUCCUGCACGGAGCCUGGUGCAUAUCCUUGUGUUCAUAUGAAGAAAAGAAAGUCGUCAUUGUUCAAAGAAGAUGGUUUGUCGGCAGGAAAGAGGAUUUGCCGGGUGCGGAGUGGUCAUGGUUGUUAUUCUUGUCACCAUGCACCUAAUUCUUUUGCCCACUGGAUGCUGGGUAAUCGCCAGAGUUCUAGCUUGACUAUUUCUCGACAGAGAAUCCCGUCAAAGGAAAAUCCUCCUCCUAAACUUUCUGGUUGGCUUGAAACAUUCCAGGCAUGGAGCAAUGCUGAACGAUUAAUGGCUCUGGACGAGCUCAUUUCAUUCUGUGACCCAACUCAAGUCCGGCAUCUAAUGCAAGUUAUUGAGCCACAGUUUCAGCGGGACUUCAUAUCUCUCUUACCAAAGGAGCUGGCUCUCUAUGUUUUGUCAUUUUUGGAGCCGAAAGACUUGUUACGAGCUGCUCAAACAUGCUCAUGCUGGCGGGUUCUGGCAGAGGACAAUCUCCUGUGGCGGGAGAAGUGUCGAGAGGAGUCAAUUGAUGAAUCACUCGUCUAUGGUUCUCGGCUACGACAGAAGACGAGAUCACAGAAGAGUCCUUGGAAGUCGUUGUACAUGAGACAGUAUCAGAUUGAACAGAACUGGCGGACUGGUGUCAUUAAGCCACCAAAGAUGUUGAAAGGGCAUGAUGACCAUGUGAUAACAUGUCUGGAGUUCUGUGGCACUAGAAUCGUCAGUGGCUCAGAUGAUAAUACGCUCAAGGUUUGGUCUGCUCUCUCUGGAAAGUGUCUGCGCACCUUGGUGGGACACACAGGUGGGGUGUGGUCAUCUCAGAUGUGUGGCUGUGUGGUCAUCAGUGGCUCCACCGACCGGACCCUCAAAGUUUGGAAUGCCGACACUGGUCAAUGCAAACACACACUGUAUGGACACACGUCCACGGUCAGGUGCAUGAGUCUCCAUGGAAACAAAGUAGUAAGCGGGUCCCGUGAUGCCACUCUGCGCCUGUGGGAUGUGGAGAACGGCCACUGUCUGCAUGUACUGAUGGGCCACGUGGCGGCUGUGCGGUGUGUGCAGUACGACGGGCGCCGAGUCGUCAGUGGGGCGUACGACUACACCGUCCGAGUCUGGGAUCCAGACACAGAGAGCUGUCUCCAUACUCUUCAGGGACAUACGAAUCGCGUCUACUCACUACAGUUUGAUGGAGUCCAUGUGGUGAGUGGUUCAUUGGAUACCUCUAUACGUGUGUGGGAGGUGGAGACGGGAAACUGUCUACACACUCUGAUUGGUCACCAGUCAUUGACCAGUGGCCUUGAGCUCAAGGACAAUAUACUUGUGUCGGGAAAUGCAGACUCCACAGUUAAAGUUUGGGACAUUACCAGUGGACAGUGUUUGCAAACUCUGCAAGGCCCCAACAAGCAUCAGAGUGCAGUGACUUGCCUUCAGUUCAAUAAGAAAUUUGUUAUUACAUCUUCUGACGAUGGAACUGUCAAGAUAUGGGAUCUAAAAACAGGAGAUUUCCUACGAAAUCUUGUGUCCUUAGACAGCGGAGGCAGUGGUGGUGUGGUGUGGCGUUUGCGUAGCAACAAUACAAAGCUUGUAUGCGCAGUGGGCAGUCGCAAUGGAACGGAAGAAACUAAGCUGCUAGUUCUUGAUUUCGAUGUCGAAGAUAAAAAAGUGUGCACUUAAAAAGAGUGAAUGGUUAAUGUUUAUACACUGGUAAAUCGGGAUACUUGUAUGUGCACCAUAGAUAUUCAGCAUCACUGAAAGGAAGUAGCCUCUUGCAUGCCUUAAUUAGGUCAUGUAGUGUUGGGGUUUUUUUAAGAGCUGUGCCCACACCAGGUGGUUUUCAGCAUGGUGAUAUUUGCGUAACCCACAGCUUUUAAUUAUCACUUCCUACUUGCAUCUAAGUUAGAUUUUUUUUUUUUUUAAAUACUUUUUGCCCUGCACUAACACAGGGCUAGCUCUGAUACUAGCCAGUUGCAAAUGUUAAAAAUUUAAUGUGAAAUUUUAAGAAAUUCAAUAUUUUAAUUUUUGAAAUUAAAUAGAUAAUUUUGUGAAAUAUUCAUUUCAUUCAGAGCUAGUCCAGCUAAUAUUUUGUUAGUAAGUAAUUAAAAAAAAAAAUUAUGGCAAAGCUUAAUCUAAAGCCCCUUAAAUAUUUCACAGCUAACUCUUGCCUGAGAAUAAUUAAGACCAAAGCACAAGGACUUGUAAUGAUCUUUACAGCAGUUCAGCAAGUCUUAUCUACAUGUAUACAAUAUAUAUUGUAUAUGUAUAUAUUUCUUGAAACACAAUAAAGAUAGUUGCAAGUCCAUUUUAGAUGGAACAAUUAAAUAUUAAGAGGUUCUUGUCUCGUGAAAUAUUGCUGUAUAUGACUAGUGAGUGAGAGACUUAUGUGGGGCCUUGUAAGUGACUACUUCCAUGUUGUGAUAUUUCGGUAAUUAAAUAAUUGGAAAGAUUAUAUGGAGGAGCAUGCCCCAAGACCCUAAAAAUGUCAUCAACUUGUCUAGAUGUAACCAUGCAGUAACCAGAAGUUGGUUCAUGUGAUUUUACCUUGGUUACCAAUAAUUGUUCAGUUACGUGAAUUUUAUUUGCAUAACCUAAUCAAUUACUUGAUGCAAUUACUUUAGCCCAUGCAUUGAACUCACAUUUUAAGGACAACAUUUCCAGUUGAUAAUGUAAGUUUAAACAAAAUAAACUAUAAAAACAUUAUUACAAAUCAUUAAUGAAAACUUGUGUUUCUUUCAUCUUUUAAUGAUUGACAAUGGAACCAAUUGGCAGUUUACGUGACUCUAAAAGUAGUGUAACCACAUGUACAGAACAGUUCUUAAGAAUGAUUAUUCCUUUACCCUGAUAACCCACAUGUAUGUGUUUAACGGACCUAAGUGACUAAGUGGCUACUUCCAUGUGCUAUUUCUUCAGUGGUGCUCGAUUGUUGAUGUGGUGAUUCAUCCAGUCAACCUUGGUGAUUGUGUACUGUUUGUUUGAUUGGAAGAAAAUCUGUGUGACAGUGAUUGUGGCAGGCACUAAUUUAGGAUUGCGAAAGAUGGAAAAGUAACUUUUCGUUUCUUAGAAGAAAGGGGAGAAGUUGAAUAAUAUUUAGCAAAGCAGUGUUUCUGUCAGAAAGAAAUUUUUGGGUAUGGUGCUAUGGAAUAGAAUGCAACCACAGUCAACAGAGAAUAUUGGAGGGGGGGAGGGGGGCCUCCCUCAGAAAGCUGGGAUGUCAUUAAACA